AUGGAGUCCUCUAUGAUUACUACUGUUACUGUACUAUAUUUUCUGGUGUUUCUCUCCGCUACUCGCGUGACUGCACUCAUAGGUGUUGACGCUGAAAAUCGAGCGGUAAAUGUGUCUUUAGUCCCUCUUGUAGAAUCUCCACACUAUAAGGAUGUUGUGCUAUGCGAACGAAUCCAAGUGUCUGGUCUAUCAAGACUAAAACUUGGGAGUUAUUCAAGUGCACGCCAUGUCACCUUGGUCCCAAUUCCGGGAAGACUUCAUAAGAAAUUUCAGAUUUGUUUUCACAAGAAUUCUUCUCUUGGACUGUGUCAUUGCGAGAAUGAUAGCUGGAAAAGCAUGCAGAAUGACUUGUUGAACUCUGUCAUUUCACCAUAUGAGGACAAAUACAUUGAUGUGAAGUUCGUCGGUGGCUUUUCUGCUUCUGAGCCUGUUUCUGUUACUGUAACUGUUGCAGAAGUGUUUCAGAGGUGGCGUCUGAUUUGUCUUGCUUUUGGUAUUGUACUAUUGCUGCUUGCACCAAUUGUUUGUAGCUGGGUUCCUUUUUAUUACAGCAGUUCAAUGGCUAUUGGAGUUUGCCUUGUCGUCAUAAUCCUUCUCUUCCAGGGGAUGAAAUUGUUGCCAACUGGCAGGAAAAACGCUUUCUACCUCAUGAUAUAUGGUUCAGUGCUUGGUGCAGGAUCUUUUCUAGUAAAUCAAUUCUCUGAGUUUGUCAACUCUAUUCUUGUCAAUUUUGGGAUUAGCCAUGAGAUGCACAACCCUGUGGCUGUAUUUUUGCUGGUUGGAAUUAUCCUUGCUGGAGCUGGUUUUGGAUAUUGGCUUGUACGGAAAUUUGUUGUUUCAGAAGAUGGAACCAUAGAUGUUGGCGUAGCUCAAUUUGUAAAAUGGGGGAUACGGAUAAUCGGCGUGACUUUUAUUUUCCAGAGCACACUUGAUACUCCUUUGGCAGUGGCGCUACUUGGCACUUCUUUGGCAACUUACUACUCUAUUACUUCUAUAAAGUGGCUUCGCCCAAGAGAAUUUACUUAUACUGGAAAUAGGAGCUCAUGGUCACGGAGUAACGGAAGAGCUAACAAGAACCCUAGGCAACGUGCAGAGUUCUUAAGCAGGUCUGGAGCAAUGAAAACUCGAGGAGCUCUAUGGAAUAGCCCCAACAGUCCAUCCACAUGGUCUGGUUCACCAGUUAAAGGUAUCUUGUCAACAUCUAAUCAGAGGGGUACAAGAGAUCGCCAGGACUAUUAUUCAACCUUUCACAGGACACCUAACAAGAAGUUCUCCAAGGAAGAUUGGAAGGAUUUCACAGAGGAAUCUACUCGGCAUGCAGUCACGGAGUUGACAUCUUCUCCCGAAUUCACUGAUUGGAUAAUCAAGCACUCUGAUAGGAUCCAAGUCCUCCCGAAUGAUAGUUCUGAUUCAAGCGGAAGUGGGUUCGAUUCAACAAAUGAAAAUGCUGCAGAGAGCAGCAGCGGGCUUAGUUUCUUUAAUUGGAAUAUGCAUAAGUAG